CACACAGCGUGCCAAAGCUAAUGCUCACAAACUCCAGCCUGCUAACGCACUACAUAAAGAUUCACGUUAAAUGGACUGCAGGUUCUUCAGACGCUAGUCUAACACACGGACAGGUCGAGGUCGAGGUCGAGGUGGAAGUGUGUUUUUGGAGUUUAAAGACGUGUUUUAUGUGGAUUUAUGGAACUUUACUCUGAGUGGGAAAAACAGAAAUGCCCCAAAUCCACAAAGCCGAGAUUUUCCCGCCAAAAACAAUGCCGCGCCGUGGUGGAGGCACAGCGUUCGAAUGCGCUAGUGUUUGCUCUCGCGCUGAUCUGUUUGAUAAUCUUGCUCGUGCUCAGUUUGCUUGCUUUGCCGAUCCCCGCGCCGGACACGCCCACUCAGCGAUCCGAAACGAGGAAUGUGACACUUCUCAUCUGGUGGCUUCCAUUCGGAAACGGACUUCCUCUUCCCGACUGCAGAACGAGCUACGGCGUGGAAGGUUGCACCGUGACAUCAGACAGACGCGCCUACGCUCAUGCUGAUGCCGUCAUCAUGCACCACCGUGAGCUGAUGAUGGGCUGGGAGGAGCUGCCGGAGAAGCCACGCCCCCCGGCGCAGAAGUGGAUCUGGAUGAACUUCGAGUCGCCGUCGCACUCUGGGCUUCUGCACCAGUUUGAUGGGAUGUUUAAUCUCACCAUGUCCUACCGUGUGGGUUCUGAUGUUUUUGUACCGUACGGUUUCCUUCAGCGGCACCGUUUCCGUGGUAACGGACAGAUCCGCGUGAAGCGUAAUCGCGGUUUGGUAGCGUGGGUGAUCAGUAACUGGAGAGAGGAGCAGGAGAGGGUGCAGUUCUACCACCGAUUGCGGCGUUACCUGCAUGUGGAUAUUUACGGACGUGAUUUUCGUCCGCUACUAAACGGCAGCGUGGUGGAAACGGUCUCGCGUUACAAAUUCUACCUCGCUUUUGAAAACUCGUGUCACACGGACUACAUCACGGAGAAACUCUGGCGCAAUGCUCUCGUCUCCGGCGCCGUUCCAGUAGUGCUCGGGCCACCACGAGAGAACUACGAGCGCUUCCUUCCUGCCGACGCCUUCAUCCACGUUCAGGAUUUUAAAGGGCCACGUGCGCUCGCUGCCUACCUCAAACACCUUGACCGAAACCCCGCCCUCUACCGUCGUUACCAGGCCUGGAGGCGGGACUACAGCGUGCACGUGACCUCGUUCUGGGCGGAGCACUUCUGUGCUGCGUGUCAGGCCGUGCGAGCCAGCCUCCAUGUGAAAAAAACCAUUAGACACCUCGCGUUCUGGUUUCAGUCUUGAGGGGCGGAGUCUGAGUCCACCGCCAAAGCCUCUGGGUUUAUUUGAUAAGUUAGAAAAAACAUUUUUGUCAAGUUAUAUUUCUUUAUCAUUCUUCCCUAAGUCUCUAAGUCCUGUACGGUUCAGCCGAGUCGUGUCUGGUGUCAUUAGCCUCCUGUUCAGUUUUGUACUGUGAGCUAAACCGGUAGCUAUUAGCAUCCAUAACCUAGCUACGUUAGCCUGUAACUCUAAUGUAAAUCUAAAGAAGUGAAUAAUAAGGAUCAACUGGGUGAAAUUCUAUUAGAUUCUGAUGAAGAUAUUACAUAUUUUAACUGAUGAAAUAAAAACAGACUUCUGGACCAUAGUGUUCACCUGCGCCAGAUGUUCUCAAUCAGGUCCUUGAGAACUCCCAAACACAACACCUCUUGCUCCCUGUGUUUCUCCGUCCCGAUAAGGUGGUUCCUUUCCCUUUUCUCUGAAGGAGGAGUUAGAGGGGUGCCAAUACAUUGUGCAGAGUGUUAGGUGGACGGUUGUCAGUAAUUACACACCUGCAGUGACCUGUGCGUUAAGAGGACCUGAUAAACUGAUAACUCAGAGUAUAAGUGCAAUACAUUUAAUUACACUUUGUUUUGUUUCAUUUCUUCCAAAUCAGCGUCUCAUACGACUUCUGGCUGUUUGAUGAAAUUAGGCUGCGUUUCUGUCUUGUUUGUUUGUAUAUCAACCUCCAAUUUAUCACUGUUCUCUGUCACAGUUUGCAUGCAGAAAAAAAACACCUUUCAUUUCCUGAAAGCAUCAAUUCUGCUCAAGCUGUGAUGAUCAUAAUUUUGGAUAAGAUCACGGAGUCUCAAGCAGGAGGCCGUAACCGGCUGGAGUGUGGGAAUGAGAUUCAAAUAAACCCGUGCUGUUUUUCACAAUCUGCUCAUUUGUUAUUUAAAGUAGGUUUAUGGCAGUCUGGAGGAAUAUGAAAGACCUCAUUUAUCAGCCUUUUAGUAAAGUUGUGUUACUGAAUUAAAGAUUCCUGGCAGCGAAAGUUUCAUGAUUUUGUUCCUACACAUUUUAUGUGUUAAACAUCAUGACAUUUAACAUACAUGUUAAGAGCCAAUCAGCUGCAGGUUACCAAAGUGCCUUCAUGGCACAUUUAUAUUUAGCCACGCCCACAAAACUCCAUAAACAAUAUAAAGCUCACAGAGAGAUGAAAAUGACAAAAUGGCGACUGAACAGUUCACUAAGUGAAUCUUCCAGUAAUGCAGCUCAGCCACUGCAGCACGUCGCCUACCGCAGACACACACACACACGCCUCGUCCUGUUGUAGGGUGCCAUUACUUUUCCUCCCCAGUUGAACGAUUAGUCUUAUUUAUAUUAAUAUUUAUGGACUUGUUUUGGAAGAGCUUUCUUUCAGGUAAA